AUGCAACGAGUUUCAGAGGGCUAUAAUCCCAUUCAUACCUCUGAAGUAGACAUGCUUGCCUAUCUUGAUUUACUUAUAGAAAAUGGGAAAUCGUAUAGUGUGAUUAAUACACAUAAAUCUAUGUUGAUUCAAACACUCAAAUUAUUCAAUAACUCUUGGUGUGAAAACCCCAGUUUGGGAUUAAAAUUAUUAACUUAUAAACUUGUGGCUUUAUUAGCUUUGUCUAAUGCUCCGAGAUCACAAACUCUUGUAGCAUUGAAACUUUCUAACAUGAAUAUUCUAAAAGAUAAGGUUGUUACAACUAGUACUGUUGCUAGGUGGUUGAAAGAUGUCUUAGCUGCAUCUGGUAUUGAUGAUAAAUUUAAGGUCCAUUCAUUUAGAUCAGCAUCAGUAUUUUAG